AUGUUUGGAAACAUUGACACGAAACGGAACUCGGUUCUGUUUCACCCGUUUGUCUCGACGACAACGACGACAAAUAGGACUACCUGGGGUAGCGAUGAGACAAUCAGUAAGAGCGCCGGUGACGGUUUGGGGAGUUUACAAUACGAUAAAAUGGCAGCGAGCUGGAACGCGAAUAUGUACAUUGAUCCACAGGAAGGGAUACAGGCGCCGAGGUUUUGGUCUUUAGCGCAACAUGCUAAAGAUAUGCUUGUGCCUAAUGUUAAAACUCGGCUUGAAGAAGUAGCUGAAUCAGUAGCACGUCUAUGGAGUGUAUCUGAUCCGGAUUUAUUUGAAACCGGAUUUUUUGUGGGUCCACGUCUUUUCGUGUCAAGACUUCGUCUUGGAACAUUAAAGGCCGCGAAACUUGAAAAUAUGUCAGUGGCUGGCUAUGUGUCAUUAGCUUCGUGGGGAGAAACAUGUCCACAAAGUGCCACACCGGUAAAAUGUCUUUGGGCUAGUGAUGCUGCAGAUUUUGGUCUUUUUCUAGUGCUAGAUAAAAAUUUCCGUGCACCGAGUUAUUGCGAGUUACCUGAUCAAUCGUUGCAAGAUAUGUUGAAAUCACUUCAUUAUGGGGACACAGUUGUUGCAAUCUCAUUCAACGGAACACCGGAUAGAAAUCUAUUGGAAGAACGUAACGAUCAACGAUAUGCCAGUCUCGAUGAAGAUGAUCGGCCGAAAAUUCCAGAAGACAUCGUUCCAAUCCUUCAUCCGAAUGCAAAAACCGUUGCAUCCGGAUACAUAGUCGGACUACCAGCCAAAGAUGACGACUCAAAUUCCUCGAAUUUUCGUAUUUCUUCGAGUUUGUGGGCCGGGUCAAGCGGCGGCCCUAUUUUCUUGUUGAGAGGCGGCCAUAUUCAAUUAAUUGGGAUGGUAUCGCUCUAUGCCGGAGACAGAGAAGGGAACGACGCGGCGUUACUGUUUGAUUGGCACAACAGUAAAAUGAAAGUGGCCAUUAAACGAGCUCAAGAACAGAAUGUAGGUUGA